AUGCCGCAACGAUCCCAGCUACGCGGCGACCGUGGCUUGCCUUUCUACUGGCACGUGGACAUCAGUGGCCAGAACGGCCUUGCCGUUCGCAUCACCUUUUCCAGCGCGUACGAGGCUUUUCGCUCCACCGAAACAAGCCUACACUUUCCCUUGCGCCAGCUGCCAGAGGAUUCCUGGACCCUUUUGAUUCUUGAUCUGCGACAGCUGCUGGACCAAUACCUUCAUGUGGCCUACGCCUGCGUCAAGCCAACAGCAGUAGCCAAAUGUACGCCGUUCCUCGUCAGCCUCAUCGCCGAGCUACGGCCUCGGCUAACAAAGGAUUUGCCGUGGUCAAGCAUCAUCAACCUGUUCGUCCGCGCCGAGAUGUCUCAGGCGCAGCAGCGCUGGCAACGGUUGGCAUUGACCAGAGCAUGGCGACUCCAGAUGGUGACGGUGGCCAUGCUCGUUGGCAAUCAGCGAGAGACGCACGUGGCAGCAUUGGAACUGAAUGAUGCACCAGUUGCCGAUGCUACGCUGGCUGUUCUUCGAAGCACGCACCACGAUCUCGAGCCUUUGGUCCGACUUGGCCUGCAGGCUGUGCCUCAGGUCGUCCGUCUCUCUGCAGGUGGGACCCGGGCACUAUGUGUGUACCCGCCGGCCCAGGGUCGCUCCACCACUCUGAGCCUGUUGCGCCUGAGCCCCGAUCGCAAAAACACAAUAACGCCAGAGUCCCACCGUUGGGUGGCCGACCCCCUCACUGUGGAUGCGUCAGUGAACGAUGUCGCUUUCCUCCCUGAUGACCGCGAUCGCUUUGUAACCUGCGGCCACAACAACAUUCGAUUCGGGCGCAGACGUGACAACAAAAUUCGCACAGCCCACGUCAACCUGUACAAGCACCACCACGAUACGUUAAACCUCACUUGCAUCGCCAUUCGCCACGAGCGUAGCGAUGCUUGUCACGCCUACGUGGGGAGUGCUGCGGGACAAGUCUUCAUUGUCAACACUCAAACCCUCCGCCUGGCUCGGGUACUGGACUUGGCUCCGAGCAGUGCUUUGUGCAGUCUGGCAAUCGAAUCCACUGGGGCACAGUUGGCCAGCGUGCAUGCCAAUGGCUUGCUGCACGUGUGGGAUGCUGCCACGGGGCAGGCUUACCUGGAUUGUCAAUUGGAAGCCGCGGGCCUUCAGUGUGUCUCCACAUCGACGGGCCUGCUGGUCGCCACUGCCAAUGGACAGCUGGGAACACUGCAACUGUCAAACCAUGCCUUUUUGACACUCGUGCGGGGCCAUCUGGGGCCAGUCCUUGAUUGUCGCCUCGUGAGCGACACCAAUGACGCUUGCGAUAAUCUCAUCACGACCGGAGAUGAUGGCACUGUACGCGUUUGGUCAUAUGACGGAUAUCGGCUUCGGCAGACCCAUCACCUGGCCCUCUGCCAGGGCAGCCAUCAGCUGGAGUCGGCCGACGCGGAGGAUGGGACGUCCGCACCAUCGCUGGCUGCCCGUCUCAUGUGUGCUGAUGCGGAAACCAACGGCGAUCUUAUUUAUGCAGGUUUUGACGACGGAGUGGUGCGAGCAAUCAACCGUGAUACUGCUGAGGUGGCUUUUGAGUUGGACGUUCACGCUUGCCCAGUAGCGCGAUUACAGCUUGGGCGCGACGGCGUCUACUUGUACACAAUCAGUGCAGACGCCACGCUGGUGCAGAUAGCCUUGGCCUCUCGAACUGUGACUCGAGCAUUGGACUUUGCUGCACCCGGAGCAGCGGUGCCCCCCUGCUUUCGACUGGCUCCUAAUGGCCGGUUUCUAGCAGUGUUGGGCCCCACAGCCAGUACUGUGGCCGUGGUUGAAGCCGACAGUUUGGACGAGCUCUGCCGAGUUGAGCUGGAACUUGCACGACCAGAGUCAGGUACGGCUGCCCCCAUUUUCAAAGGUCGUGGCCUUGUCUUCCUGGACGACAAGCAGCUGGCCGUGGCCUGUGGACAUGCAGUGGUCCUAAUCAACGUGGAACGUGCUCGAGUCGAACGCAUUUUCCCGGGCGACGAUGUUCAUGCCCUAGCUCUAGAGCCAGCACGUGGCCUUUUGUGUUUGUCCAGUCAUGAUGGCGUGGACAUCCGUGCUCUUGAGGACCCCGGUGUUUCUCUUCAACAAAUCAAUGGCAUUGGCGCUGUCCGCCACGUAUGGUGGCGUGGAAACACGCUAUACACGGCAGGCGACCUCUUGGCCGUGGCGCAUACUUUUGAGCCCCCGCCGGCUUCUGAUGUCAAUGCCUCGGAUGGUAACAAUGCGCUUGAAGCCCCGGCGACUAGGGCUUUGCUCCCCAACCAUGACCAAGACAUGCCAAGCCCGGGUCAAUCAAAGCAGGUUGUUCUCCAAGAAGCGGCGAGGCCUGUGUUGAGCGGUGGCCCUCAAGCGAAUCAACCGAUGCCCAACAUGAAUUGCCCAACGCCACCAGCUACCGAGCCGUCGCUUCCUACAAGUACCGAACUGCUGGCUACCGUUUCUGUGCGAGACGCCUCCGCUCACCACAUCGAGCCCUUGAAAAGCUCGGAUGACUUGGCUGCCUCUCUACCCAAGCGCAGCGAGCCCCGUCCCGCACGGCCCCCGCUUCAUCCGGAACAUGCUCGCUACGCCAGCCACAUUGUGCCUCGCGGCGGUGACCCCCUGCUGUUUGACGAGGACGGUGAUGACAUGGGACUUUUGGCCGAUCCCCUGCCACCACCGGCCAUCCACGCUGAUGCCUUCUCGCCUCGCAAUCUGGCCGAGUAUGAAGCGGGGCGCCGUUUUCCGGAUGCCCCCGAGGCUUCCAGCGACACACCGAUGGAAGAUGGUGUCGGUCGAAACUCGGACAUUGAUCGACGCAGUGCUGGUCUGCGUCGUGCCAUGCACUUGGCGCACGGUUUCAAUACCAACGGCCACAAUCUAUUGUGGUGGCACCCAGAAACAGGCGUGCUGGUCUACGCCAGCGGUAAUUUAUUGGUCGUGGAGCGCUUGGAGGAUAGCUACCAAGCUGUGCUAAAAGGACAUCACGAAUCGAUCACGGCAUUGAGCGUGAGCCGCGAUGGCACCCUGGCGGCCACAGCCAGUACGCGAGCUGAGAGCGACGACUUUUGCGAGAUCCGUGUGUGGUCUUUGGUGGAAGGGUCUCCGCUGCACACCAUGCACCACCACGCUGGCGAGGUCAACUGCCUCGAACUCUCCCCUGAUGGCCGGUGGUUGUUGAGCGUGGGCAACUUUCGCGACCUCAGCGUUGCACUCUGGGGUGUUGGUGAUGGGGCCCUGUUGUGUACUGCGCACGUUGAUGUCCCCGUACAUGAUGCGGCGUGGCAUCCAAGCGUAUACAACCAGUUUGCCCUCUGCGGCGAUGCUUGUAGUCUGUUUCUGGGCCGCGUGACCGAUCAUCAUGCUGCUUUUCAGAUGGGCCUGGCUCGUGCGCCGGUUCCCCAGCUCACAACGAGAGACCAGCGUCCAGUCAACAAGUUGAUGCUCACCUGUCUUGCUUUCACCGGGGACGGUCUCGUCCUUGUGUGUGACGAUGAUGGGUGGCUGCAUGUGUGGGACGAGAUUGACCGCCGGCACCUGGUCCGCUGGCUAGUGGCGGAUGAGGGCGAUUAUGCACUUCGCCUCGUAUAUCGUCAACAAGGGGUCAUGACGUGUAGUCAGUCUGGUGUCUGUCGCUUGUGGCAGCUCGAUGCGCCGUCGGCCACAUUGGAGCUGCAACGGCAGCAGGAGGCUGGCGCACCGGUGUUGGCUGCCGUGGCUGACCUCUCGUUGGACCUGGUUGUCUUGGCUACGGCUCAAGGCCACGUGCUGACGCUUCACUGGCCCGAGGAUACUUGUCUGGAACUAUGGCGUGGGCAUGGGAGCGACGUGCAGCAUGUCUGCUUGAGCGCGCGGGCUCAGCACCUGGCUACAGUUACAGCCAUGGGCACAUUUCAUCUUUGGCAUCUGGCGGACAUGGAGCAGGUGUUGGAAAUUCGCCUACAGGAGCCGUGUGCAGCUCUUUGCUGUGACAUUGCCCGAGACGAGAAACGGGCCAUCGCAGGCUAUCUUGAUGGACACGUGCGUGUUUUUGACUUGCAGCGGGGGGACUUGGACCUUAAGCUACGAGUUGGCCGCAGCGCAGUGACGUCUGUGCGUUUUUCAUAUGACGAGCGGGUGAUCAUUGUAGCUCAACGCUCGGGGCGCCUCAACGUGCUGAGCGCCACUACGGGUCAGGUUUUGCGUUCUCUCAAGGACCACGGCCAAGCUCCAUUGACGGGCUUGGACAUUGCUCAAGCCAGUUCUUCUCUUCCUGCUGCAGCCGAACUGUGGCUGGCAACGAGCCAUGACCGUCGCAUCAGUGUCUGGUGCGCCGAUUGGUCGCGUGGCUUUAAUGAGCUCUAUGAUUGGCUUAGCGUAGCCGAUGCCUCGGCUGCGCCAACACCGCCACCGACCAGUGCAAUGGCUUUGACAAGUGAUCCUGGCAUGGUGGCUCGAUUUCACCCGGUGAACUCGGACCUAGUGGUACACGCUUGUGGUCGAGCAGAACCGCGCCUGUUCGUGUACUCGCUCUCCCAGCGCAGCAAUGUGACUGUUGUGUCGCUCCCGCGCAUCCCGAUUAGCUUGGCCGUGCACCCGAGCUUACCGCGAGUCCUUGUUGGAAGCGCUGAUCGCUUGGUAACGGUAUUGGAUACUGAUCAGAGCACCUUUCAAGACUAUUGCGCACACGACGGCCCAGUGCUGGCGGUCGACUUUUUGCUGAGAGCCGGACGUCGAUGGUCUCAAGUGGCACCAGCUGUGCAACGGUUGAUGAAGCCAUCGGGUCAAGAAGGGCGUGGGGUGGCACAGGGCAGCGGGGCGGUGGUUUUGGACGGGCUAAGUGACACUGGUAGAGGCUGUGGCGAUUGCAUUAGGGUACCAGACACCAUGAGUGUGGUGUACAACGACACAACGCUGCAAAGCUUUCAGAUUGCUCGGGUGUUUGAUGAGAACCGCAACCGAAUCAACGCGCUCGACUUUAGCGCCGACGGCGAACUCCUGGCCACCUCGAGCAACGACGAUCACAUCCACAUUUAUAGCUGCCUCAAGGCCGAUGUGACGUCGUUGAGCAUCAACCCAGCCGACGACACGUUUAUCUCAACCAGCCAGGAUAAAACCAUGCGUCUGUGGGACAUGCGAAGCCCCAACUGCCAGGGCCUAAUGCUCCUCAAUUCGCCAGAUACGCUGGCCACCUUUGAUGCUACCUCAAAGGUCUUUGCAGUGGCUGUCGAUUCUCGCAGUAUCCACCUUUAUGAUGCCCGAAAGUUCCACCAAGGCCCCUUUGUGGUUUUUCAGGAGACGCUCCGAGACAUGUCGAGCAGCUGGACAGACAUUUCAGCCAGUCCGGAUGGCUCGCGGUUGUUGGUCAGCACGCUGCAAGGCGUCAACUACGUUGUCGACGCAUACAGCGGUGAUGUGCGGUCACAACUGGGCAAAAAACAAGGCAGCACGGGUGGCUCAGGCGAGCCGAUGGAGGCGUCAUGGUCGCCCGACGGUCGCUAUGCCGCCGUCGGCUCGAAGGAAGGCAAGGUUAUAAUGUGGGAUGCGGAGAAUAGCAAUCGUGUGGCCAUGCUCGCAGGACACCACAACCCCGUGUCCAGCGUCAAGUUCAAUCCCAAGUACGCCCUUUUGGCCAGUGCUUGUUCGACCCUGGCGCUUUGGCUUCCGAAGAUCGAGGAGUGA